AUGCGGCUGUGCGGUGUUGCGAGGAAAGGCGUCUCGCUCUCCCGGGGGGCUUCCUUCUUGCGUGCGGAGGGAGAUAGCGGCCGCGGCUUCCUCGGCAAUGGACCAGCUUUCUCGAAGCCGGCCUUCGCCGCGCGCUCCUGCAGCGCCUGCGGCGCUUGUAGGCCUCAAGGAGCGACAGCAGAGGGCGACGAGGCGAUCGAAGGAUGCGAGAGGAGAGGACGCACAGAGACGCAGAGUGGCGAGGAAGGAACCUGCAGAGACGCGCUGACUUGGACCGCGAGGGGUGCCCGCAGAGGAUCGCUACGCACACGACCCCCAAGCUUUUCGCCCUCGCAUGCAGACUUGCCAACGUCGCCCUUCCUUUCUUCUGAACAUUCCGUGGGGCCUGCAAGUUUCGUCUCCUCAAAGCUAGGAGCGCGGGAGGCCGCUCCCUGGCGAGCGUGUCAGAGUUUUCCUCUUUCUCUGUCGCCUCACCCUCUUCGUUCCCUGUCCUCGAUUGCGCUCUCUGGUGCCUCGACUUCCUGUCGCACCGCCUCUUCAUCUGCCUCUGCAUCGCUGCUGCGCAAACAUCUCGUCUCCGCUUCGGCGCAGCUGUCCCCUGCGGCUCUGUCGCCCUUCUUCCCUGCCUCGCCUUGCUCGCCUGCGAACACAACUGUCCAGGGGCCGCGGCCUUGGCAGGACCGAGGGGCUCUUUCUGCGUCGAUUCGUUUGCAUCCUUCUGCCUCUUCUUCCUUUUCCUCUCUGUUCGGCGCCUCGGCGUCUUCGCUGUCUCAGGCGCAGACGCGGCAGCGAGGAGAGCGAGAAGACUGCAUUCAGCGGGGAGACACACUCCACGCCCUUCCCAGCCCCCUCUUUGAGACCUCGCGCAGACGACAAGAGAGUGAAGAAGCUAGCGGACCAAGGAACGGAGGCCUGCCCGCGGGGUUUCGCCCCGUGCCUCUCUCUCGAGCUCAGCUGCAGGUCUGCGUGAUCGAAGCCUCGGCGGAGUCGGCUUUUUCGUCGCCGUCCCCGUCGUCUCCUCUGAGCCGCUGCCGCGAGCCCAACGACCCAGGGUUCACCGGGUCCGCGGCGGACGCGCCGGGCUUUUCGCCCGCAGGCAAGAAGGCCUUCAGAUGCCACUACACGGCGCUGUCGCGUCACCAGCUUGCCACGGAUUUGCAGCUUCCCUACAGCGACAUUCGGCUGCUCGACGUGGUGCGAGUUCCGUCAGCACCCAAGCUCCCGCGGUCGCUCUCGGGGGGGCUGCCUGCCUUCCCUUCGCGCGCGGCCUUCGCGGGCGGCGGGGCCGCGGGCGGCGGAGCCGCGGGCGGACCUGACGAAGAGACUGUCUACGCGAGGGCGCGCCGCGAGGGCGCGACCGACCCGCACGGGGGCGACCGCGAGGAGGCCAGGGGCCGCGGCGUGUCGGGACUAUUUUCGUUUCUCUUCCCCGCCGCGAAAACGAAAAAACGCGACCGUCUGCGAAGCAGAGGCAGAGGGGACGACUUCGACCGAGACGAACAGGGACACGAGACGCCGAGGCAACGCGCAGACGCCCUCGCUUUCUUCCCGCCAGCUGGGCUGGAAGCCAUGAAGCUGCAGCACGCCAAAAUCCUCGUCCGGAGAACUGCCAUCCUUGUGCAAAUCGAAAACAUCGCCGCCGUGAUCACGCCCCGCCGUUUGAUUCUUCUCCACCCACACCCCACUGUCACGAGUGCGCUGCUUCAUCAGCUCACGUGCGGAGACGCGAGCCCUCACUCAACGGCGUCGCUCCUCGAGUGCGGCAGUUCGUCCUGCUCAGCGGAGGACGAGAGCGAAUCUCUCGAGAGCGAGACAGACACGCCGAAGAGAUCCGCAGAGGAACUUCACGCUUCUGCUGCCACGCCCGCUUCGCCUUCUUCGGCUCCAGAGUCCGCUUCCUCUCCUAAGGCCUUGGCCUCCGCAUCUUCUUCUCUAGACGCGGCAGAGGCGUCCUCCUUGCCUGCAGCCCCCUCUGGCGCCUCGCCUCCCUCUUCUCCCUCUUCUCGUCCUUCCUCGUCUUAUGCGCCUUUUUCUUCAUCUUCUGCUUUUCCGUCUUCGCAUGCAUCGUCUUCGUUUGCCGGAGCUUGGUCGGCGGGCGCGCCGCGGGAGCUUCCUUUCGAGCUGCGGGCGCUAGAGGCGCUUCUCGCCGUUGCUCUGGGCUCGCUGGACGCGUUGGCGACGGAAUAUGUGGACCGCGUGCGACACACGAUUGCCGCGCUCGAGCAAGAGUCCGCAGGUGUCUCGCGCGACGCGGGGCAAAGCAGCUCUAAUGCGUGGUCGCUGGCGACCGCGGAUGCGACGCUCUUUACGCUUCUGCAUUCGCCGUCGCUUCACCAACUCAUGGUGCUCAAGAACGUCCUGCAGGAUGUUGAGGCUCGAGUCGACGCCUUCCGCGUCUGUUUGUCGAAACUCCUGAGCGACGACGGAGACAUGGCGGACAUGUACCUAACGGACCGGCUCAUCUACACCAUCCCUCACGCCCGGGAGGAUCACGCGGACGUGGAGCUCGUCCUCGAGGGCUCUCUGCAGCAAGUCGACGCGCUUCUCUACGAUAUCCUGACGGCCAAGCGAUGCGUCAUCCACCACGAAGAACUCACGAAAAUGCGCCUCGACGUGUGCCGCAACGCGUACAUGCAGAUGAAUGUCAAGAUUUCUCUCUUCUCUCUGACGACCUCCGUGGCGGCGGUGAUUGCGGGCAUCUUCGGGAUGAACCUGCCUCUCUUUGAGCAAUCUGGCCCGCAGGAGCCGCCUUCGCAUCCCCCCUCCCCAGCACCUCCCAAGCGAGUCGUAGAAGAGGCCUCACGUCCGGCAGAAGACGCGCGGCUGGCGGAUGCGGGGUUUGUGCGCGCCUCUUCUGACUCGCAGAAUCUCAGCGCGGCCUCGCAGGCUGCCCUUUCCUCCUCGCCGCCUUCUCCGACGGGUUCCGGCAGCGAUGACGUGGGGCUGCGGUUGACCGGUCGCGCGCCUGCGUCGCGCUCAGCGCGCGAGAUGGCCGCUGAGGCGCGUGGGAGUUCCCAUGGAUCUUCGCCCGCUCCGCCAGCUGACUCGAGUUCUUCGCGGGCUUCGGGGCUGCCGGAUCGCCACGAAGAGAACACCCCGUCGUUUUCUGCGGCUUCCUCCGCCGCUCGGCACUACCUUUCGCUGGAGUUCGUCCACUCGCUGCUGAAGGAGAGGCGCGCGGCGGUUGACGGCGUGAGGGAGGAGCUUAUGGAGUGGCGGAAGGCGUUUUCGCUCUGGCUGUACGGCCACUCUUUUUUUCUCGUGUCCUGCUGUCUGAUCCUGCCGAUAUGUGUGUGCGGCUUUGUGUUUUGCAACCGCUUGGCGCGCAUCUUUGCGCUCCACGGCUGCCGCACCUCCGACGGGGGGGCGGCCUCUUCGCGGCGAAGCUCGCUGACGAAGAUGCGGAAGGCCCUCGCGUCUCUUUCGCGCGCGAGGGGCGACGCGAGCGCACUCGCGCCCUUCCCCAUCGCGCGAAAAUUCACUCAGAGGCCCCUGUUCCUGUUUCCUUCGCUCUUCUGCUUCAACCGACUGCCGCCGUCGCACGUCAUGCCUGGAGCCAAAACCCUCCCGCUGCCCCCCGAGGUCCGCGCGCAGCACACAAAAGAAGAGAGCAGAUACAGAACUCCCGAGGACUGA